AUGCUACCAACCGAGAAAAUGUCGACCACCCCAUCUCCCAAAAAGAAGUCUGACUUCGGUGACUUCACAGCCGCUGAAAUCAAGCUGAUCAUGGCCAGUGUUCUGUGCAUCAAUGGAAAGCUUGACACCGAGAAGCUCGGAAAGCUGACCAAGACGAAGAGAAAGUCGGCAUGCAGCCGCUUUCCCACCAUCAAGCGCAAGCUGGAAAAGAUGUUCGAGGAUGAGCUGGACGCCAUAGACGAUCAAGAUGGCUCCAAUGCCAAUGAAAGCUCUCCAUCCAACGGCCGCGCGAAGAAGCGUCGGGACAAAGUGGUGGAACCGAAGCCCAAGGCCGAGCCUGACAUCAAGAUCGAGGCUGAAUCUGGAGACGGUACCGAUACUCCUGUCAAGGUUGAGGUUGAAUCCGAAGAGAACACCGACAGUCCUGUGAAGGCUGAGGUUAAAUCCGGAGAGAGUAUCGACAGUCCCGUGAAGGUCGACGCCGAUACUGAUAUCAAAGUCAAGCCCGAACCCAUCGACUAA